ACGAUGAUAAUGUUUCUGUUUACCAAUAAUGGAGGUAGACACGUGCACAGCCGAGGAGUCCCAGCAAGAUGAGCUCCAAGACACAGUCAUGCCUGCUCACACUAAUAUUAAGGACAUCAAAAAUAAGAGCAGGAGGGCGAAGGCGUUCGUGGAGAUGAAGCGGGAGAAGAGAAAAAAAAAAUUGCAGGAAGCAAAAGAAAAGAAGAAACUAGCUACCAAACUUGGAAAGAAUGCUCCUCCGAAGAAGCAGCCCCAUACGAUUGAGUCUCUGCGGGAGAAGGAUGACACCAUGGUGGAGGAGGAAGAUGAGGAGCUGGAGCAUGAGGAGGCUAAUGAUGAAUAUGCUUCAUACUUCACCAAGUCUUACGUCCCUAAAAUACUCAUCACCUGCAGCGACAACCCCCAUACAAAAACCAUUGCCUUCAUUCGAGAGCUGUGUCGCAUUAUCCCUGGUGCAGUGCCCAAGUGGAGGAGUCGCUCCAGCAUAAAGAAGAUGGUCAAGAAAGCUACAGAUAAUGGCUUCACUGACAUCCUUGUUGUCAAUGAGGACAGAAGAAUACCAAAUGGCCUCUUAGUAAUACAUCUACCAGAAGGACCCUCUGCUCUCUUCAGGCUCAGCAACCCAAAGCUGUGCAAGGAUAUUCACAGGAAUUACAAUGAGAUCACUGGUCACAGACCUGAAGUCAUCCUCAACAACUUCCGGACUCGGCUGGGGAGAGUGGUGGCGCGCAUGCUUGGUGCACUCUUCCAUUAUGACCCAGAGUUCAAGGGACGCAGGGUCUGCACAUUCCACAACCAGAGAGAUUACAUAUUCUUCCGUCAUCACAGGUAUGAGUUCAAGAACACAGAGAAGGUCAAGCUGCGAGAGCUAGGCCCCAGGUUCACCUUGCGGCUGCAGUGGCUCCAGCAGGGCGCCUUUGAUGGGGACUAUGAGUGGGCCCUCAAGAGGCAUGAGAUGGAGACCUCCAGAAGAAGAUUCUUCCUAUAGUGAUUAAUUGAGAAAAGAGAAAGAUGGACUAGUCUUAAGCACUAUUGUUUCAUACCAUCACAUAUUUAGUAAAAGAAUAAACAUUUUUGUAGUCAUGGAAGGAAAAAAAGAAAGACAGCAGGUGCCAGCAAGCUGUUGCAUGCCUGGGAUCAUUCCAAGUAAGCUCAUGUGUCUUUACUUUUGUUUGUAUUUACAAGAGGGUAGAAUGUGUAUAUUGCACUUCAUAUCCCUUUUUGGGGUACUUAGAAAAAUUCUGUAGAUAAAUCACUCCUCUUAUCAAGUUGAUGGCUGGUGUGUGAAUUCACUCAUUUACAGAGUUAUGGCAGUUUUACCAGGUGAGUAAUUUUAAUUUGUAGAUAAAAUGUUAUGCAGAAAACAUUGAUCUGGUUUAAUUGAAUGUUUCCAGGUGUAUGUAUUAGAAAAUAUUGAAUGUUACAGUAUCA